AUGGAUAACAUACAAGAUAUCACACAACUGAUAUACACAUUCAAAGUUGAAGCUUUUCCUCAGGAAAUAAUACAUGAGAUCCUAUUUAGGCUACCAGUUAAAUCUUUGAUCAAUUGCACCUCAGUGUGCAAGCCAUGGAGGUCCAUGAUCAUGAACCAAAGUUUUAUCCACGCUCACUUCAGCCAUACAGUCGACUUUGCUAAUCAGAAGGACAUUGACCUCCUCCUAUUCCACAAAAUUUCUGGUAGUGGGAGCACCAUCUACUGCCACAACACAGUCAUUCACAAGGUAGAAGUCGAGGUUUACUCUUUGCAUUAUGAUAAUAAGGCUUUUGAUGUGCACUCCGAGAUAGAAUUUCCAAUUGCUCCGAAGAAAAAACUGCUCAAUCCACAUCUCCGUGUGGUUGGCACUUGUAACGGGCUAAUCUGCCUUGCGGAUGAUAUCUCCGCUUAUGGUUAUAACUUCUUUUUAUGGAACCCAACCAUCAGAAAGUUAUUGACUCUUCCCGGGCCUGGUAUUACCUUUUGGACGCAUGGUGCAUACAAUGCUUCGAUUGGGUUCGGUUUUGAUGCUAUGACCAAUGACUAUAAGGUUGUGCGACUUGUGACUUUAAUGGAUGAAGUUGAGAGGCCAACUCUAGCUGAGGUUUAUUCCCUAGCCACGGGCACAUGGAGCAGUCCUGCUUGUGUUUCUCCUACAUGUCGAAUAGAAAUGGCUGCAUCCAAUGCUUUUGUUAAUGGAAUUCUUCAUUGGCCUGUAGUCUCAAACGGCAAUCAUUGCUAUUUUAUACUGACAUUUGAUCUGGGAAAUGAGGUGUUCUGUAUGAUACCUAUGCCGAAGAUUAUCCAAUGGAACUUCAAUUUGGGAUUGCGAUUAUCUGUUUCAGAUGACAGAAAAUCUAUUGCUCUGUUCAUGAGGGAUAAGGGUCAUGAACGUCCUCAUGAAAAUUUCAUGAUAAAUAAUAGUCGUGAAGAUUCUGUUCUUGAUAUAUGGGUGAUGAAAGAGUAUGGUAGAAAGGAAUCAUGGACCAAAUUGAUUACUCUCGGUCCACAAGGUCCAGAAAGCCAUUUACCCACCGCCUUAUGUUUUAGGAAGAGUGGGGAACUGUUUAGGAAGAGUGGGGAACCGUUUAGGAAGAGUUGGGCACUGUUUAGGAAGAUUGGGGAACCGUUUUGGAAGAGUGGGGAACUGUUACUGCUCCGAAAGGAACGGUGGCAGGAACUAGUAUCACUAGACCUUGUGAGCACAGAGUUUAAAAAUCUUGGGAUUUUUGGAUAUAAAUAUUGCACUGUUGAUUUUUAUAAAGAGAGCCUCCUCUUACUUGACAAGACUGAUGCAGAGUCGUACUAA